UGCGUUAGAUCGCUAUAGUCUUGAGAAGGCAGGCUUCACUCACAUCCUCAAUGCGGCCCAUGGUCAGCGGAAUGUGGACACAGGACCAGAAUAUUAUCACGACAUGACGAUAGAGUACCAUGGAGUGGAAGCAGAUGACCUCCCCACUUUCAAGCUCAACCAGUUCUUUUAUUCAGCUUCUAAAUUCAUUGACAAUGCACUUCAGGAUGAAAGAAACAAGGUUCUGGUUCACUGUGCAAUGGGUCGCAGCCGGUCAGCCACGUUGGUCUUGGCUUACCUGAUGAUUUACAAGAACAUGACAGUGGUGGAUGCCAUUGAGCAAGUAUCAAGACACCGAUGCAUCUUGCCAAACCGGGGCUUCUUGAAACAGCUGAGAGAACUGGACAUAGCGUUGGCACUGCAGAGGAGGAACACCAAAAACAGCCUACCAUCUGAUGAUGACGACAAGAGCACCAUGAUCUAGUAUUGUUCCUGGCAGGGUUGUGCUACUGGAAAAGAAACUCCAUAAAAGGA